UAUCAUUAUACCUAGGCCAACAAAAAGUAAGCGUUAACAAUCAUUCUCAAUUCUCUUAAUAACUAUUUUAGCUGUACAAGGCUUUUGUAAUAAUUUUAUUCUAAGAUAGGUGUAUAUCGAGUUACGACCACGUCUCUUUCUUCUUUUUUUGUGGAGAAACCAGGAAACAAUCGUAAAUCGAACUUGAUUUUAUCUUGAUUUUGGUUUGUUCUUGUAAGGAUAAUAUAUUUUUCUUCUGUAUUUUCUUUAGCUCAGCUGCUUCAGAUUUCCAGUCUUGCUCCAAUUUGCUGCAACUCUUCGGUCAUUUUCGAUGUAAGCCUUGCGAUUACAGACUUAUCGGAUUUCUAAGACGGAAGAUGGCUCAUGCAUUCUCGAUAAACACGGAAUAUGGGGUCAGACUUCCCUAUUCUGUUGUUACCUUGGUCCUCCCAACGAAUCGCAGCCAUCAGAAGCAUCAGCUGCGGCUGAGGCCAGGCCACGGAAUUCGAACCUGGCAUAUCAAAAGUGUCAAUUUGCGCCACGUUUCCAUUCUUAGCAUUUCCUGUGUCCAAAAAUGAGGCGAGGCGGAUUCUCGAUAUCGAAGGCUUGCUUUUGAAGUUAUGGGGGAUUCCCCGUGCGGCUCGUACCAAAGACUUGAACAACAUUCUCUCCCCCACCUCCUCUCUAUGUAUCUCUCACCUUUGAUAUAUUUCUCUGGUUGCAUCUCUUCUGGCAUUACGUUCCUUAAUUUAUAUCAUUUUUCACAAUGCCUUUUGAUUAUGUUCAGUAUCAGCAGAAGGUCAAUACGCUCUCUACGGAACAACUACAAAAAGAAUGGGAAAAUUACACAAGACAGAUUGCUGGCGGGGCAACCUCUACAGCGACCUCAGUGUUGUUCUCGCCCGUCACAGGAGGAGUUUCGCUCAUCGGACUUGGAUUAUCAGCACCUCGAAUCCAUAAUGCGAGGAAAAAGAGAGAGAUAAUCGAAGCCGGACUUCAGGCACGAGGCGCAACCCACAACACCAGGAAGCGCGAUGUAGUUGCUCCCAUGGCUGUAGCAGGUGCUAUCAGUGGACUAACUCUAGGACUUGCUGGGCCGGGAGCAGAGAUGAUUGGAGGAGAAGUUGGUGCAAAGGGAGUGGAAUAUGUUGUUGCCCAUGCUGCACUUGAUGGCACGGGGGCUAUUUUGGAGCAGAAACAUGACGAUCAUACCAAGAAGAAGGCAGAAGAGAAGCUACACCUCCAACAUCAAAACUUCCAGAAGCAGAAUGCUAUUAUGAUAGGCCAACAACAAGCGAUGCCAGUACCUCAAGGAAUGUACCAAUUACCAGGGGUUUCCGCUCCGCCGGGAAUGGUAGCGAUGGCACUGCAACCAGGAUAUCAAUUAGUCCAAGACCCAAAGUUGGGAUACGUUUCAGUACCGAUGGCAAAGUCGACAUCUCCCACUCCUGUCCCUCAAUACAAUGCCAUGUUAUAUCAGCCUGUGUCACAUUCACAGAGCUUUGGCCAACAUACAGGCCCCUCAAUGAACUCAGGGACACCCGCGCCUCAGUACCAACAAGUACAGCAGACAUUCCAACAGCCAUUCCAUUACCCUCAAAACCCUAUACCACAGUCUCAAAACGCCGGGUAUUCAAUAGGGAAACAAGGAGAAAUAUAUCCUGUGCAAACAGAAAGUCAACAAGGAUUUCCUCCAUCCUUCUGCGAACCUUUACCUGUUUAUUCUCCUACCAAUUCAACUCCAACAUCAGGACCCUGUCAGAAUGAGAAACCACAAUCUCGAGCUAUGAAAACUCCGCAAAUGUUCGUCCUUCUCAUAAUCCCCCUACUAUAUAAGAUGACUUACAUGUAGCAGUACGGCAAAUGAGCUCCCAACCAUCACACAAGUCUCUCCCACACCUGAGAGUGCCAUGGAACAAGAAAUUGCCCUCUUGAAAGCACGUCUACUCCAAAUGGAAUUGGAGAAACGAAAUAUCGCAGUUGAAUCUACGCCUUUUUCACCGCAAGCAACGGUAGAAACAUUGCAGUCACAACCUACAAGCGAGAAUUCAUCCCAAUCAUCAGGGGGUGGUCUCGGUUGCUCAGAUCAUCUAGCGUAUAUGCCUUCGCCAUCGCCCACACCCCAACCGACUCAAGUUAAACAAGAUUCAUCACCUCCUCUAGCAACGACAUCUGUAUCACCGCCAAUGAGAACACCCCCGCCACAAUACGAUAUCACCUUACAAAAUCAACAGAGCAUUACCCCAGUGUUCCAGCAACAAAUUCCCACAAAUCAACAAGAGCAACAGCAACAGUAUCUCCAACAGCAAACCUCCCUUCCACCACCCGCUCCGAUCCAGAAUUUUUCACAACCGCAAUAUCAACAGCAGCACACACCCCCUCACAACAUCCCAGUAUCUCAGCCCCAACCUCAAACUCAACAACCAUACCAAGUUCAACAAAUAUCCAUCCAAUCCAUGGCUCCAAAACUAACACCCACACCCCCCGAUUUAGGCAGGCAAGACAGCGGGUACUAUUCACAGCCCCCCUCACGCACCCAAUCCGUCUCCUCCGUGCCGCUCUACAACGCGCAUCAAAAUCAAAAUCAAAACCUGAGUCCACAACCAACAAGUCUUUACAGCCCCUCCCAACACCGUCAAAUUAUCCCACCAAAUCAAAGUAUAUACACACCCUCUCCCUCCACACCUACAGCAUCGAACCUGUAUUUCCCUCCUCCACCCGGGACGACAAAUAUCCCGCCCAUUUCUCCGGUUGGGAAGGCGGAUUACUUCGCAGCGCAGCAUCAGCAGAUGGGGAGGAUGAAUGCGCCACAACCACAGAUGCAAGCUCCUGUCUACAGACCAGAUGUUUACCAUCCGCAGGGUGGUGGUGGACAGCCAAUGGUGCAGGGAGGGAUCCCGGUUUCUCAGCAUAUGGGUCAGAUGAAUGGUAGUAUACAGCCUCAAUAUACCGGUCAGAGUCAGAUGCCCACGAAUGGGAAUGGGCUGACUCAACAAGUUCACAUUCAAGGAACGCAGGGAUGGCAAUGGGGCGGACAGCAAUCUCAAUUCAAUCAGUCAACACCGAUGCAUGGACAGCAGGUCCAGCAGCAACAACAACAACAAGCAACCAUCACUUCCGGUUAUCCAGUAAGGUAACUCAGUAACUCAGCCCCAAACCUGACUCAGAACUU